AUGAUGAUUUUGUCAUCAGAAGAUGUUAUCAACUUGCUAGCAAAGUUCAAUCACACUCUGGUGUUACCGGAAGAAAAGGCCCCCGAAGUCUCCCUCAUUCCGGAGUCCUUCUGCGCUACCAAUAUCGAUCAACUCGCGUACUUCAUGUAA